AUGUAUGAUAAGCGAUAUUUCAAUACAUCUGCAUUGAAUAAUGUGUCUAUGUCUUCCACCGAACAUUUCUCGGCGCCUUCAAUUAUCACAAACAUCCCGGUCGAUAAACCCCAGUCUCUGAAAGAAACUUCCAGCACUACGAAGACCCUGACGUCUGCACAUUUUCAGGUUGGUACGGGGAACGUGGAUCGCCCCCCAGACGCAGGCUCCACUAUACUACACUCGACUCAAAUUGAGACUCUACCAAGUUUAUCUCCCUUCCCAGCUCAGCCAACCGACGUGAUAUUAAAAGCCAACACAGCCUUUUCAAGUGCGCAAGUGAGAAAACUGGAGAUGACUCCUGCCAUACCGUCCACGUCAAGAGUUCGUAUAGACAGAGCUGCGGAAACGGAAACUCCUCAAAGCUCCUUUACAAUAUACUUCACCCAGCCACUAAAGCCAGUACAGACUGAGCAAGAUGUUCCCGGGACAGGUGGCUAUACUUUGACAGCUGCUACCGCAAAGCCUCAUGCAUCAGCUGCACCAAAAAGCACCGUCGUACCCCUAAUUUCAACUGUCGAGCCCAACGUUCAAAGCGAGGGCUUAGAAGCAACAGCCCAUUAUACAUCUACCAGGAUGGACAGCACAGCUAAUGCAACUGUUCGUGGUUUGCUCGUAGACACAUCAGGCACGGAAAAGUCAACUCGGUAUCCGUUCCAAAGACCCUCCCAAACCCCUAGUGCCGAACAUGACCAUCAGAGCAGCAAGGGUAACCAAGAGAACUCCAAUCCGGGAACUUCUGCCGGCAUUGCCAUUGGCACUAUUUCUCUUGCAGUAUUGGCGGGAUUGGCCGGCUUUUGGGCAUUUUUGCGGUACAAAAGGCAUGGAAAUAGCUUUGAGAAUACUAGCAACGGGAAAUGGCUAGGAAGUCUAAUAGAGUCAUUGAGAGCUUUCUUCCACCAGAACGUAGAGAGGUCGUUCAAUCGUAAUCGAGGCAUCAGCGAAGCCAAGAUAUCCGCCCCGUUCGCUCAGACAAACUCACUUAACUGGUCAUGA